UGAGCUUCUCUUCUUCUGAAGGAAAAUAAAUUACUUUAAUUUUGUUCCAGGACAAAGGAGACAGUAGGUCUAUUUUAAGUAAGAUAUACUUUUAAGAGACACUAUGCAGAAAUGAGACUGCUCUAAAAAUGUUAAGAGAAAUGGAAUAAGUGGAUUGUGGCUAAAGGCCAUUUUUGGCACUUGAAGGUCGCACGCAGAGAUCGUUCUCAGAGGGUAUGACGGAAGUGAUGUAGGCAGAGCCUUCUUGAAUUGUGGACAUCAGAACUGGACAGCAGCAGUGGCACCAGUGUCAACUACAGAAGUAAAAUAAUCUCUCUAUUCCUACUCAAGAGUUUCCUUUUUAUGCAUCCAAGGAUUACAUUAGUCUUUUUAGUCAUUGCAUCACACUGGGAGUUCAUGCUGAGCUGAUUUAUCCACUCUGACCCCCAAAUCUCUUUUGGAGUUACUGCUUCCCAAGAUAAUCCCCCCAACCUAGCUGUUUCCUUCUCAACUGCCGAUUUUUCAGGAAUGGAUAAUUCUGCAUUUAACUGAAAUUGCAACACCCACCUCUGGCUAUACAAAGAAGCAUUACCAUACACAAAUCAGCGCUUGGACAGCUUGACAAUCUUAUAAUUUUGGCUUCCAAAACAUGAUAGUUUGGCUAUCUACUAAGGCUCAUGAAAUCCACUGUAUAGUUUUUGUGGGAGCUCUUACAAGGAGACAGCUGAAUGUAAGGGCCUUCUCUUGUACCAAGGAGGCCAAUGGGAGUUUUGCUCCAAUGGGAACGGAAUCAGACACAAAUUAAGCAGAUAACCCUCAUUAAUCCAAUGAGCUUUUUUUGAAGACAAAAGAAGAAAUGAAUUGCUUCAUUUGUGUUGCUUGAAUGGAAUGCUAAUGAUGGGAGGUGAAAAUUCAUUAAUUAUUCAUGCCUGUCGACUGAGAAGGCAGAUCCUGGCUUUUCCUGUUACCAUUGCAACAAGUGGCUGCUGGCCUAGUCAGAACAAGGCCAUAAAACAUUUCAACAGAAACAGACUAGAGAUCACAAUUAUGCCUUCUGGAGAAAGGAAACCCAUGUUCCUGAACUGUACAGAACACAUUCAGAUGGAUUUAAAAGCUAAACCUUAUUCAAAAUGGACCCAGGAAACCAAGCCUUUUGUCUCUCAAAUUUACUUUACCAUAAACAACUCCUCUUUGGAGAAAGAAUGUUGCUUUGGAAUCGGAGAAAAACAGUUUGGUGCUAACGAUCCAAAAGAACUCAAAAGCCGUCAGCACAAUAAUGCUGCAGAAAAAGAAUCAGACUCCACUAAGGAGUCUCUGGCAUCACAAAACACAAAAAUGAUUUCAUCCAUAGUCAUUUCACAGUUGAUUGAUGAGACUAAAUCAAAAGAAAAUGGGUCUGCUUUGCCGAUGCAGUCUGUGAUCACUCAGCCUAAUGCUUAUCAUAUGAAGCAAUCUCUGGCUAAUGAUAGUUCAGUCAACAUUAAUAGAGCAUUCAUGUUACUUCCCAGCAGAUUAGGUAUUCAGGAAUCUUUCGAUGACAACGUAUCUAGAACAGACUCUCAUAAAAAAGGAUUCGCAUCCAUAACAGUUACUGCUAGACGGGUUGUUCCACCUUUUAACAACCCAGUGCAGGUAGCUGUUACCGAUUCUCUGCAUUUGAAAUGCUGGGGAGGUGAUGUUCUAAUGAACACUACUGCUACUUCAAACAAAGCAGGACGAGCUCAGCACUGCAAACCUUUGCAUAACCAAGAAUCUUAUAUAAACCGAUAUGCCACCAGAUUAAAGGUUUCUGAAUCUUAUUCACAAGUAUAUGAAGGGCAUGGAGACUGGAUUUUUAACACUGAAAACAAAGAAAACAGAACAUUUCCUCCAGGCAGCAAUCACAGGAAAAAAACACCAGUUUCAUUCACUUCAUCUGUUCACUUCAAAAUUUCCCAGCACUGUCCAAAUACAAUCUAUUACUUUGACAAGUCACUUUCUGUAUGUAUUGACCAACUUCAAAUUAAAAGCCAAAAAAUUCAUAGAUCAGUAUUGUCCUUCAAUAUAAAUUGCAGUUCACCCAGAUUAACACCAGAUGGAGCAGAUGGCAUAGCUAAUGAAGAGUCAAUAGCAGAGAUACUUAAAACAAAGCUCCCAGAAGAAAACAAGACUCCACUCAGAACAAAUUCAAAUGCAAAUUUAAAAGAAAAUAAUGUAGAUAAAAAACAGACAGCAGAAAAGGAAUAUUUGGGUACUGCAUGCCCUUGGAAAGGUACAUCUCCCUCUGACUGUCCAGCAUUUGUGGAUACACCCAAAGGAACUAAUAAUUUAAUAGUUACAAAGCAAAAAGAAGAUAAUUCUGAUGAACAGUGUACUGGCAAUGACAUCAAAUUGUCCAUUCAGGUUCCUAAGUGGAGUUAUGAGGCAGGACUGCAAACUUUUUCUGGAAGCCACAGGAGGCAGUACACUAAAGACAAGUACAAUGCAACUGCUCCUGCUUCCUUUAUGGAGAAAGCUCCCAAAAAUGAAUUCAGGGCUGAUGUUGGUGGCUCUUUGAAAGACAGAGAUCCAUCCAAAGGCACUUCAAAGUCCAAAGAGAUUCGAGCACAAAGCUUUCUGAAACCAAAAAUCUCUGUGUCUGAUUGUGUAUGUGAUAUAAAGGCCUUAUCAAAAACUGCACUGGAAGAAAAUGAUGUCCACAGGAAAAAUCAGUUCCCAAAAGGUGAUUACAAAUUCAGUGGUUCAGUUGACAAAAUAAAGGAUUGUAGGAAGAGUGACAAACAAGAGACGGACAGCAGGGUAACAACCUCCGCAGCUCACUCACCAGAUGUUACUCAUGAGAAACAAGAAGCAUUCACACAGCCAGAAAUCUAUGCUGAGCCUGAGAAAAUUCCAUCCAGCCUAUUGACUCUAAGGGAGGCUCUGGAAGCCCAUAAACCUCAGUUUAUUUCUCGUUCACAAGAACGGCUGAAAAAACUUGAACACAUGGCACAACUGAGGAAAACCCAGCAGAAUGACACUCCAGAAAAGCAAGAAGGAGCUCUUCUUCCUCGAAAACUUUCCUCAACAUCCAUUUCUAACAAAAAGAAGCAAUAUACCGUUCCUCACCCACUCAGUGAUAACCUGUUCAAACCAAAGGAAAGGUUCAUUUCGGAGAAGGAGAUGCAGAUGAGAUCUAAAAGGAUUUAUAAUAACUUGCCUGAAGUGAAAAAGAAAGAAGAAGAAAAACAGAAACGAAUCAUCAUACAGAGCAACAGACUACGGGUGGAGGUCUUCAAAAAGCAACUACUGGACCAGCUUCUUCAAAGAAAUACGGAGUGACAAAGGAGACCAUUGGAUCUUGAAUGUCUUUGACUAUUAGAUAAGACAUAAAAUUUAGCAUUAUCUUAAUUACCUGGAGACAUCUUUCUUACCUUCAACUAUCUAUGUAAAGGAAGAUAAUUUGUACUUCAGUAGGAUUUGAAUGAAACUUCCAAAUAACCAAGAGAGAAUCUAUAAAUGAGCAAACUGCUUUAGGACUAUCAUCUUAUAGUUGGUUUACCCAGAGAAAAUAAUUUUAAGAAACUUUUAUGCAAACAUUGGAUUACAAUGGUAUUUAUUUUCACCUUUUAAAUAUAUAUGCCGUUUUAGCAAUAGAACUGGGUUUUCAAGACAUAGGAAACUUAUUUUUCCAAAGUAUUCUACUCAUUGAUUUCCUGAGAGUAAAAUCCUAGAAAAAUGAAUAUCAUUAUUUGUUAUGUUUAGAAACUAGCUGAAAUGGCAUUACCACAAUCAUAUGAGCAGCAGUUUUAAAUUAAUGGUUAAUGCACCAAAAGGGACCAAUAUUUUAGUGCUCUGAAGGAGUUCAUUCCUGUUUAUGUACUGAACCCAAAUAGCAGGGUUACCUUGUAGAAAGCAAUAUUUAGAACCUCAGUAAUAAUAAUGUUCUUCACUAUAACAUAUAAUUCUGUUUGCUUCUAUGAGCAUAAAGUAUUUAUAGAAAUGGCAUAUUAAGAAGUGGUGCAGACCCAUGCAGUGGUUUCCACCAAGAAAUACGUGUGUGUAAAGAUUACAUAAUUAAAAACAUCUGUAAUGUUUCCUCCAAUAAUAUUUAAAUCUUUAUUUGUACAUUUUGGAAGUAAAAUCUACCAAUUUUCAUAUCAAAUGGAAUAAACAAAUGUAA